CUCUCGCUGUCUGACAGUCUGAGACUGAGAGCGAGUCCACACCCCGAACGGAUUGACAGGAGUCGGAACAGUGCAGUAACCUGUCACGAUGCUGAGAACCGAGAUGGGCACCAACAUCACGGCCAUUGUCAAUCGACUGGCCUCGGAGUUGCAGAACACCUCCUUUUAUGGCGACUUCUUAGCAGAUGUACAAACCACAAUGGCGACGCAGAAUCUGAGCACCGAAAAGUUCGCUUCCGAGUGCUACGAGUGGACUCAGGGGAGCUGGCUGGACACGAGACUCAGGAACGCUCUUUAUCGCCUCAUGCACGUCCAGCCCACCUUACUGUCCAACCCCGACACACCUGUCCAUGUCCUAAAAGAGCCUUUGGCCUACGUCAGGAAAGCUCAGAGCUCUUGGGAACGUCGCUUGGUGAAGUGCGUCAACAGUAUGGCCUCUGAAUUGGGUGUCCCUCUGGCUCGUCGAAGAACCAAGCAAGAAAGAGAAGACCUGGCCGAGCGCUGGGCAAACCUCUCCACCGAUGAAUCCGAUCUGUCCCUGAUACGGCCUGUGUAUGCACCCAAAGAUUUCUUGGAGGUUCUUUGCAAUUUGAGGAACCAGAACUACGACGAAACAGUGGAGGAGAACCUAUGGGGUAGCAUCCAACUUCCGCUGAGGGUAAAGGAUAUUAAAGCUCUGGUUGAGUUAUAUGGAGAAUUAGCUUGCUGCUGUAAGCACACAGGGCUAGACGAGGCAGUUCCUGGAGAACACAAACCCAACCUCACGUUAGCCGAAGAAAGGAUCAUCAUUGGACAGAAGGUUGUGGAGAGAAACCAUGGACCCUUGAGUAAAGAAUUUUGCAAAACCGGUUGUCCUCCAGGUCUGCGUGCAGUCUUAUGGCACCAAGUGUUGGGACUGGAGAUCACGGAAAAGCAUUACAAAUAUUUCGAUGAACUGAUGAAGGCAGUACUGCAGCAUGAUCUACUGGUCGACAAACUUAUCAUGAAAGACAUACAACUGACUGCCUCCAACGAUGACCAAUACUUUGUCUUUGAAGACAUACUCUUCCAGGUAUUGUUGUGCUUCUUUAGGGAUACUGAAGUGUUGAGUCACUUUGGACACAGCAGUGCUUCACCGCCACUCUCAGUUGCCCGAGGCCAAACUCCAUCUCCAGAAACCAUGGUGGCCUAUCCUCCCAGUGGAGUCAUUCCAUUUCAUGGUUUCACAAUGUAUGCGGCACCCCUUAGUUGUCUGUAUGAAGACCCAGUACACCUAUACUUCACAUUCAGAGAGUUGUAUUGCCGAUACUGGUACCGCCUUCACAUUGUCACAAGUCAUCCUCAAGGUGCUGCUGGUCUAGCUCUUCAAUUCGAGCUGCUGCUACAGAGUUCUGAAACUCGGCUGUGGCAACAUUGUGCAGCAAUGAGCAUACAGUUGCUUCCAAUUGUAUUUAAAUGGAUGGUAAGAGGAUUCAGUGGUUACUUAAUUCCUGACCAGCUAUUCCAUUUAUGGGACGUCAUUCUGGCAUGGGAAUCGGUGGAAGUGCUGCCCGUUCUUGCCCUUGCAAUUGUAAGCUUCAGGAGAGACAAUUUGAUGGAUGUUACUUCCCAGCAAGCAGCAGAGUCAGUCCUGGCCGAUAUAACUUCAAUCAGGGUUAUCCCUCUACUCAAGCUGGCUCUUGCAUCUGAUAAAGGGCGAGACAGAGAAACGUAAAUCUUCAUUUGAUUCAUUUUCUUCUGUGCAGUAUAAAGGUGUCUGCCUAAUUGUAAUCAUGCUGGAGGUGCGUAUCCCAUUCCAAGAGCUCACCUUUAUUCAAGGCCUCUGAAAGGAGUUUAUAAGAAGUACAAAAAAUUCAAGGACAGGAUCAGUGGUCCAUCAGGAGAUGCUUGCAAAUAAUUUGCAUACAAAUGAAUAAAAGCGAUGGUUGGAAUGAAUCAGAAAUGAGACAAGUAAAGGUUAUUUUGAAGUAAACAAUGAAGAAAAGUAAAAUAGAAGGUAGCAAGGACGUCGUUAAAGAGGUGAGAUAUAUGAAACGUUUUGUGGUAACUGAGCAAAGGGAAUUGCACUGGAAGUAAUUAAUAACAGAGAGAAAGAUUAACGGGGAAAUUUAGUCUUAGAACAAAAGAUCAAGUCUGAAGAGAAUGAUAGAAUGAUUAUUUAGAACGGCUGUUAAAUGAAGGGGAUAGAGGAGAGGCAGAUGUGAAUGAAGCAGGGAUGUAAGAACGAAUGUCAGUUGUUUGAGAUUGGAUGUUAGAGUGAGCAGUGAAUGUUAGAGACGCAAGGAGAGCCAUAAAAGUUUGGAGAACCAGAAGGCACCAGAAAAGGAGGGAAUUAUAAGUGGAGAAAGCUGAUAGAGGCGAAUGUAAGGUUGCAUGGCAAUGCUUUGUAUCUUAAGGAGUUGAAUAAAUGGCGCAGCUUUUGACAGGAAAGAUGAUGUGUGGAUUAAAUGUUUGCUGUAAAACGGUCCUCAGAAAUGAUCAAGAUUGAAAGGAAAAUCGAUAUGUGCCAUGCAUGGAAGUAGAAAUGCAUAUGAUGUAAGAAUGUUCUGUUUGGCCAUUGAAUAUAAGAGAAAUAUGUAGAAACUGCAGGAGUGAAUUGUUCUUUUAGUAUAUGGAAAUUAAAAGGACUGAAAUCGUGAUAAAUAUAGACAGUUAGGAAGUUAACCCGUGUGAGAAGUUGGAUCAAGCUGCUUUAAUGAAAUUUUGGCCACAU